GGUGACGUCCUGCCCUUCGUCUCCCCCGUAUUUGAUCUGCUCCUCGAGGCGUGGCGGCAGGUCAGGGUAGAGCUCCUCGUGCCGCUGCUCAAUGCCUCGGUGGCGCUGUGCGUGGUCAUGUCGGUGAUCCUCCUCGCGGAGAAGGUGUUCCUCGGUGUGAUCAGCGCCGCGGUGAAUGUGCUCCGCCGGCGGUCCGGGAGGCCGUACAAGUGCGAUCCUAUCGUGCAGGACGAUGAGACCGGCUCCGCCGCCUUCCCCAUGGUUCUUGUCCAGAUCCCCAUGUACAAUGAAAAGGAGGUGUAUCACCUAUCGAUAGGGGCAGCCUGCAGGCUCACAUGGCCGGCAGAUCGUCUAACGGUGCAAAUUCUGGACGACUCCACCGACGACGAGAUCAAGGAGCUGGUGAGGAGCGAGUGUGACAGGUGGGCUAAGGACGGGGUGAACAUCAGGUACGAGACUCGGAAAGACAGGGCUGGGUACAAGGCCGGGAACCUCAAGGAAGGCAUGCGCCACGGCUACGUGCAGGGCUGCGAGUUCGUCGCCAUGUUUGACGCCGACUUUCAGCCGGCGCCGGACUUCCUCCUGCGGACGGUGCCGUUGCUCGUCCGCAAUCCUAGGAUCGCGCUCGUGCAGGCUCGCUGGGAGUUCGUGAAUGCCAACGACUGCCUGCUGACGAGAAUGCAAGAGAUGUCGAUGGACUACCAUUUCAAGGUGGAGCAGGAAGCAGGCUCCUCCCUCUACAGCUUCUUUGGCUACAAUGGAACUGCCGGAGUUUGGAGAAAGCGAGCGAUCGUCGAACCGGGAGGAUGGGAGGACCGCACAACUGCUGAAGACAUGGACUUGGCACUGAGGGCGGGACUUCGGGGCUGGGAGUUUCUUUACACUGGUGGCAUUAAGGUUAAGAGCGAACUGCCGAGCUCUCUGAGGGCCUAUAGGUCCCAACAACAUCGCUGGUCGUGCGGACCUGCACUUCUGCUAAAGAAAAUGUUCUGGGAAGUUCUUGCUGCGAAGAAAGUAUCGGUCUGGAAGAAGUUAUAUAUGAUAUACAACUUUUUCGUGGCACGGAGGAUUGUAUGGGCGUUCUACACAUUUUUCUUUUUUAGCAUCCUAGUUCCUAUCAGCGUUCUGUUUUCAGAGGUGCAGAUUCCAGUGUGGGAACUAAUCUACAUACCUGUAGCUAUCAAUGUACUCACUUCAGUUGGGACUCCAAGGUCAAUCCAUCUGAUUAUACCGUGGUUCUUAUUUGAAAACGUUAUGGCAUUGCACCGGUCCAAAGCCCUCAUGAUCGGAUUCUUUGAAGCGAGAAGGGCUAACGAGUGGAUCGUCACACAGAAGUUGGGAAACGCUCAGAAGAUGAAAUCAGUCGGCCGUACAAAAGAGAAUCGCCGUUUCAAAGACAGGUUCCAUUGCCUUGAGCUAUGGAUUGGCUUGCUUAUUCUGAUGUCUACAUGCUACGACUACUUGUACAGGGCUGAUUAUUUUUACAUCUUUCUAUUGCCCCAGUCGAUCAUGUAUUUCGCAGUUGGGUUUGAUUUCAUGGGUGCCAGUGUCUCUAGUUGA